AUGGAGCAUGAAGAAUUGAUCAGGCAGGACCUGGGCAGCCUCCAUGGCAUCCCCCUCUACAAGAGCUUCAUCGAGGGCUGGCCACAGGUGAAGGCUUUCCAAGCUCGUCCAGAUGACCUGCUUAUCUCUACCUACCCCAAGUCAGGCACGACAUGGCUGAGCGAGAUCAUGGAUAUGAUCUACCAUGAUGGUGAUGUAGAGAAGUGCCGACGGGAUGCCAUCUUCAACCGUGUGCCCUUCCUGGAAAUGAAGGCCCCCAGAUUGCCAAGCGGUGUUGAGCAGCUGGAGAACACCCCAUCCCCACGACUGGUAAAGACCCAUCUCCCAGUCCAGCUCCUCCCAACCUCCUUCUGGGACAAGGGCUGCAAGAUUAUCUACAUGGCCCGCAAUGCCAAGGAUGUCGUCAUCUCCUACUACUACUUCUACCAGAUGGCCAAAAUACACCCUGACCCCGGCACACUGGCUGAGUUCCUGGAGACCUUCAUGGCUGGCAAAGCGGCCUAUGGCUCCUGGUAUGACCAUGUGCAGGGCUGGUGGGAGAAGAAGAAGGAGAAGGAGAAGCAGAUCCUCUACCUCUUCUAUGAGGACAUGAAGAAGGACCCACGGCAGGAGGUGCAGAAGAUCCUGCAGUUUCUUGGCAAGAAGGUGGCAGAGGGAACAGUAGAUAGGAUCCUCCACCACACCUCCUUCCAGGAGAUGAAGAAGAAUCCUGCUGCUAACUAUGAGACCAUGCCCACUGCCCUGAUGGACCACAACCUCUCCCCCUUCCUCCGGAAAGGGAUUUCUGGAGACUGGAAGAAUCACUUCACUGUGGCCCAGAACGAGCGCUUUGACCAGCACUACCAGAAGUACAUGGCAGGCUCUGACCUUCACUUCCAGAUGGAGGUGUGA